AUGACUUCACCCUUCCGCCUGGGUUUCCUUUAUGAUGUAGGGUUGUCCCGAGCGCGCUGCUCAGACGCUGCUGGAGGCUGCUCGACGCCGCACUCGCUCGCUCGCCCGCCCCGACGGCACAGCGCCCCUCUGUCCUCUCGCCUCCGGCCUCUCCUUUUCUUUCUCCCUCGUUCCCCUCUGGACUCUCGCGGAGACGCCGAGGAAACUGACCCCGCCGCCGCCGCCAUGUCUGAGAUCCUGCCCUACAACGACGACAAAGUGGCCCGCUAUGGCACCGACUCGGAGGUCGGUGACAUCUCCUUCAGCUGCCGCCUCCAGGACACCAACUCCUGGGGCAACCAGUCCAAGAGGCCACCCAAGCUGGGCCAGAUUGGCAGAGCCAAGCGAGUGGUGAUCGAAGACGACAGAAUAGACGAGGUGUUGAAGGGGAUGUCGGACAAGUCGCCUUCUGGGGUAUAA